AUGACCACCUUUGCCAGCGACUUUCCUGUUAGCGCCCCCUCCGAUACAACCGUUCACAAAUUGGGAAGAGGCUACGUCUUCUUGCCAAACAAUACCGCUGGAGAUAGCAUGCUCCUCUUCAUAACAUUCUUCGUUGCCUUCCUCGUAUUCACCGCCUGCUUCAUCCGCUGCACAUCCUUCCUCGACCGGCGGCGCGCGAGAAAGAGAGGGGGCAGGGUGAAGGAAGAUACGGUCGUGGGGGAUGAGAUGAAGUGGGCCGAGGGGCGGGAGGUGGUGGAGAGAAAGGUUGUAUGGCAGAAUGUUGAGCAUGGGAAGAAAUCCGGGCGAGAAAUGGUCAGGGGAGUGAGUAGGGGCAGGGGAUUACAGGCGAGUGGGACGAGGGUCGCGAUAUGA